UGCUCUUAACACAUAUAAAGUGCUUCACAACAGCGCCACAGAUAUGGCGUAUUCAGCGCUCAGUUCCUACGUUCAGUUGAACUUUACAGAAUGGCACGACGUCGCCGCAGGAAUACCCUACAACAAGGCGAAACGGAGCUUGCAGGAGAAGCUCAGAAGACGGACGGCUCUCUGAGUCCAUGUGCGCCUAAGCCACAAUACCAACAUUUCAUUCCACGGUUUAUAUUGCGAAGAUUCCAAGUCGAAUCUGUAAAGUCCGAAAAUGAACGAGACAGAGAAUCUCGACGCACCCGCAUUGAUCCUGAAUGUGUCCACUACUAUGAUAUUGCUACGGGUAACCUUGACAUUCGUCCUAUUAGAAAGGUUUACGGCGUAGAGAAUUUCUACCAGGACGUCCGAAACACCGAUAAUAUCAACGAACUAGAGGAGAAAUUAGCAGUCCUCGAAGGUCAUGCAGCCAAAAUCAUCAUAAAAUUGCAUGAAGCGCUUCCUCAGGGUACUUUCACUCUGAACCGGAGGUCUCUAGAGCUCCUGCGGAAGUUCCUGUUCAUCAUGCAUUACCGCAAUGUAUCUUGCUCUGGUAUUUACUUUCAAGCAGAUCACCCAGAAAACGCAGGAGCCCGUCAGUGGAUCGAGUCCUUCAUGAAAGGCGAAGGAUACUUCCUGGACGCGUCUCAUUCAGACAUCAUGCGAGAUGCUGCAGAACUCAUAGAGAAUUACGGCGAAGAAGGUCUUCAAAAAAUGAUCACUGAAUCGCAUAUCCCACCUGAUCUCGAACACUUCCCAGCUUACUCUUACCACGUUCUCGCAAACAACUAUUUCUUCAGUAUCUGGGAAGCCGUGGAAGGAGAAGAGUUUAUCGUCACGCACAACGCAUUUGGUUUGUGGGAAGGUUUAGGAGGUGGCUGCCGUGGCCUGCACCGCAUAUUCGUAGUCAGCCCUCGCAUUGCUAUCGUCCUGCGCCAUGUGAUAUCGCGUCCAGAAAUGAAAGAACACAUAAAACCGGUACCACCAACUCCAAUUUACUCCCGUGGGGAACACGGUGCAUACAUCAACCACGUAAAUUUCCAAUCCGCGAUGGAAGUUGCGCGUUACAGAUCCUCCCAGGAAGGGGAGAGUGACAAUUUUGUGUUCAAGAUCACAAAACUGUCGCAACGCCAAACAUUGCAGUUCAAUUUCGUUGUGCUAGUCAACGUGACGACGAAGACAUGCGCUCUGACUUUCCUGUCAACGGGGAGUAUGCUUCGCACCGCACGUGCGUUCCGGAGUUCGCUAGCCAAUGUCCGGGCGAGCGAGCUGUUCGUUCCGCUCAUUACGCAAUUGACGAAUACCGUGGAGGCAGAAGUGUCGGCUCUUCGCCCACCAUUACAGUCACCAGCGGCUGUCCUCGACCAGGACGUCGACGCACUUACACUCGUCGAUGUAGAGCUCUAUGUGCUUCUAAUGCAGAUAUGCACAGGUAGCAGGCGGUUCGAAACGGCAUAUGACAGGGCACAUCUAGUCUUUAGAAUCAUGGAGAAAGCAAAGCCCACUUCGUUUGCAGACGAAAUCAGCCGAGAAGUCGAAAAGACUUUCAAGGUCUGUAAAGAGGAGGAUGAGGUGUCUCCCGCAGAAGGCGUGAGCUUUGCUCCCUUACCCUCUUCGAUUUCCAACGAGUCAUCUUCUCAACUCUUCCAAUUCAUGAUACCUUGCAUGAGCAGACUGGGUGCCUUGAUGUCCGGAGGUGAAGGGAUUUUGGAAGAGCUCCAAGAUGAAGUCGCCGUAGUGAGCUUUCUUGCACGUGCGUCAAGCAACCCUGGAGUGUGGCAUGCGCUCUCGUGUAUCAGCCCACAGGCUCCCGAAAUCUUAUCAAGGCUAUUCAAGACAGGCACUUUAACAGAUGCAUCUGUUAAGAUCUUCAUGCGGAAUAUGUACCGCGAGCGGGCUUCGCCAUCAUCUUUCUCUUCCGUGUUUCACCUGGGAUAUUCGUUACGAGCAAAGUGCGGGAUGGCUGGGCCGACCACCAAUCCUAUCAGUCAGAGUUACUACCAGUUAACGGCUUCUAUGAUCCAAUGUCUUGGUCGUAUAACAUUGAGGUCCCUGCCGGAACCGUACGCUUCGCAGCCGCGCGAGAGGCCCAAGGCCCGGCUUGUCUGCAAGAUCUCAGAAAAGCAUUCAGACUUACUUUUCUCGACUAUGAAGGUGAUACUGCAAAAAUCGCUCCCGGGAUAUGAGCCGGAGCCAGGAGGCGACACUCUGGACCAGACCGUUAGAAAGUGGAUAGAUGAGAUGGCCAUCGUCGGUUGUCUUGCAUGGUUGGGAAAGCACAGGAGGAAUUUCUUGGACUGCGUUCUGGAUGGGUUUCCCCAGGGUAUAAAUGUCAAGUUGUUUGAAGAUGAAGAAGCAGUACCUGAAUCAGCUUGCUCGAAUUGA